CAGGCAGCCACAGAAGGAGGGAGGGACCUCGGGCAGGCCAAGCCCCUUGGAGGGUGGGUGAAUUCCACCCUGACUUCACCACUUCAACCAGGAGUGAAGAUUUGUCCACUGAGGCCUGAAGCCACCAAGAAAUCUUUUAAGUGAGAAGAACCUCACGGGGUAGGACAGGAAGAAGCCCAGGGAGCAGUUAUAAUGGCUUCCAAAACCCUGGCAAACCUAGAGAAGGAGGUGACCUGCCCCAUCUGCCUGGAGCUGCUGACAGAACCCCUGAGUCUAGGCUGUGGCCACAGCUUGUGCCAAGCCUGCGUCACUCUGCACAACGAGAAGACAGGAAAAGACAGCGGCUGUCCUGUGUGUGGAAUCAGGGACCCCCGUGGAAAUCUGUGGCCUAAUCACCACCUGGCUGACAUAGUGGAGAAACUCAGGGAGGUGAAGUUGAGCACUGGCAUUGGAAAGAAGGGAGAUUUCUGUGCCCUCCAUGGAGAGAAACUUCAACUCUUCUGUAAGGAUGAUGGAAAAGUCAUUUGCUGGCUCUGCGAGCGUUCUCAGGAGCACCGUGGUCACCAUACAUUCCUCAUGGAGGAGGUAGCCCAGGAGUGUCAGGAGAAGCUACAGGCAGCUCUCAAGAGGCUGAGGAAAGAGCAGCAGGAAGCUGAGAAAUUGAAAGCUGACAUCAGAGAAGACAAACUUUCUUGGAAGUAUCAGAUGCAGAAUGAGAAACAAAGGAUACGAGUAGAAUUUAACUGGUUUAGACACAUCCUAGAAAAUGAGGAACAGAGGGAGCUGCGAAGAUUGGAGAAAGAAGAGAAGGCGAAACUGGAUAUUUUGGCACAAGCUGAGGCUGAGCUGGUACAGCAGAGCCAGGUGGUGACAGAGCUAAUCUCAGAUCUGGAGCGCCGCAGUCUGUGGUCAGCAGUGGAGCUGCUGCAGGACAUGAGUGGAAUUAUGAAAUGGAGUGAGAUCUGGACACUAAGGAAGCCAAAAACUCCUUCCAAGAGAUUGAAGAAGAGAGGGCUUUGUGCUUCAGACCUGACAACGAUGCUGGAACUGAAUAGAGAGCUCAAAGAUAUCCAAGGCUACUGGGUGGAUUUUACACUGAAUCCAGUCAACUUAAAUUUGAAUCUUGUCCUGUCGGAAGAUCACAGACAAGUGAGACCUGUGCCAAUUUGGCCGGUUAGGUGUGAUAAUUAUGGUAUAUUAGGCUCCCAGUGUUUCUCCUCAGGAAAACAUUAUUGGGAAAUAGAUGUGUCUAGCAAGACUGCCUGGGUCCUGGGCAUAUACUGUAGAAAACCUGUAAAGUUUGCUGUUAAUCGCAGCACAAUCCUUUCAAAUCCUUUCUCUAGGUACACACCUCAGCAUGGCUACUGGGUUAUAGGCUUACAAAAGAAACUUGAGUAUUAUGCCUUCGAUGAAUCCUCUGCCUUUGACCCUAAGGUUCUGGCUCUCUCUGUGGCUCUUCCUCUCCAUCGUGUUGGGGUUUUCCUCAACUUUGAAGCAGGCACUGUCUCCUUUUUCAACAUCACAAACCAUGGGUCUCUCAUCUACAGAUUCUGUAAAUGUUACUAUUCUCGGCCUGUUUAUCCGUAUUUCAAUCCUUGGGACUGUCCAGCCCCCUUGACUUUGUGCCCUCCGAGCUCCUGAAUUUCCCCAUUCCUACAUCUACCUGUAGGACUCCUUUCUCUGUCUUCAGCUCAUCUCUGGCAUCAGAGCACAUCUGUACAUUCAGACUGCCUCUUCCCUGUGGUUUCCCUUCACUACUUGGGAAUUUUUACUCAUCCUCAAGGCACACACUGUAUCUUGCUGCAGGAAGAGAGAAGUAAAUUUACUCCACUUCAUGUUCUCAUAGACAUCAAUCCCUACCAAAGAUGGGUCUCUAUUUGUGUAAGAUCUAUAAUCUUCCAGUUCUCCAUAUUUCUUUUUAUCACUGAUCUGAGGAUAACUGACAAAAGCUGUUAGCCAGCUAUUCAUGUUAUUUUUACAGUAAUCCAUAAGAAUAACCCUCAUGAACCAUGCCACAAGAACUUAAAAUUCAUUAAACAAAUACCACUUUAUGAUACCCCAAGUUUAUCUCGGAUUGCAGGAGAGGAAAAUAAUUAUAAGCGGUAGACAUACCCAGAGUUAUGUCUGGAGUAUUUGAGUGCAAAUCCUGUCUCUUCUUUUAUAAGCUCUGUGAAAUUUUGGUCUUGGAUAAAUUCUGGGUUUCUUUUUUCUAAAAUACAAAUUGGAAUUUACACUUAAAUGCAUUGUGAGGAAGCAAAAUAUCACUAAAUGUAAAAUGUCUAUUCACUAAAUGUAAAAUGCUUAGUAUGUAAUAGUAAAUAGUUGCCUUUGUGAGUACUGAAAAUUAUAACCUCUGUUACUGUCCUACAUAUCAAUUUUGUGCCUUCACAAUAAUAAUGAUUGUGCUGAAAUUUUACUUUUCAAGUUUCAGAUUUCCCUGCUAAGCCUAUUCUGUUCAAGUUUUGGUUUAUAAAACUUUUCCUACUGAGGCUUAUACUGUUUUUAAUGCCCUUUAUGAUGCAUGUGCCAGAGAACUAUGAAGGAAUGAGUUUCCAUAGUAUGUUCCCUAAAAGGAAUCAUUUCUAGAAACAGCUGUUACAAGCCACAGUCUUCGAGUAGAUAUUUUCAGGACAUUUACUGGAUGACUAUUUUUUUUUUUUUUUUUUUUUUUUUGUCUUUUUCAUUUUUAUCGGUACCAGGGAUUGAACUCACGACUGCCUGCUUGCAAGGCAGGCGCUUAUGCUGCGGAGCUAAAUCCCCACCCCCCUGGAUGACUAUUGUUAGUUACUACUGUUAGUUACCACCUCUUGUACUUUCCUUUCUUUUCAUUAAUUUCAAACUCAGAAUGGCUACCUAGAAUUACCAGGAGAACAAAGAUACACACCGUUCUUUAAAAAUUAUGCUGUAUAAAUUAGGGAAGGUAUGCUUUAUACAUUUUUACAGAGCAAGAUUGAAUGAAAAAGAAGGUGCUUGACCUGGGAAUUACAAAUACAGGUAUACCCAAGAUAGGUAGAGUGCAAGGUUCACUACUAGGAUAACAAUCACUACUAGGAUACAGUAGAUCCCUUGGGCUAUCUUUUAAAAUUGCCAUGUCCUGUGUGUCAAUGGAAAAAUACAUGCCUGUUAUGGACUGAACAUUUGUGUAAAUUAGUUCCAUGUUGUCACAGAGUGGGACUUGAGCUAAAAAAUUCAUGUAUUAUAAUAAAGGACACCAAAGUUUUCUCUCUCCCUGACCUUUCACAAAGCAAAGGAAACACAAGCAAGAAGGAGGCUGCCAGCUGAACCCCAAGGGCAGAGCCUUCACACAACACAGGUCUUGCCGGCAUCUUAAUCUUUGGAUUUUCAGUUCCCAAAACUGUGAUUUGAUUGCCACAGUGUAAGCCACUUGAUCAAUAUUUUCUUAUAGCUGCUAAAUGCAUUACGAACUGAAUUCAGGAAGUGCUACUGAUAUCCAAACCCUCUUGGUAAAGAAACCUUGGGAUCUUCUCACCAGCAAAAGAAGCACAACCAGCUGAGCUGCUUCUGACUCAAAGCAGUUAGUAAAAGAAUGAGUGAGUCUAAAAACCAGCUAUCACUGCAUGAUAAGAUACAGAAAUGAGGACUGUGAUUGUCUUGAUUAUUGCUUGUUACUGCUUGUGUGUGCAUCAGACCUUUUUUUCUUUUUAUCUUCUUUUUUAUAUAACAAAAUCAAUUAACUUCUCAUCAUGCCAUUUAUGCAUUUUAAUACUUGCUAUCCUGCAGCAACUAAAUUACAGGAUAACAAGAGUGACUACUACCUAGACCUCGAGCUUCUUUGAAAAAUGCUUAUUGCGUCAUUGUAUGCAGAACAAUUGUGUCUCACUCCAUGGAAUUAUGGCUUUGUGAUAGUCUUUACAUGGAGAAACUGAGUCAGGAUGGAGCUUGGCCAGCAUCAACCUCAGGCACCUGGAAAACUGUACUAAAGAUCUUGUUUCUAUUUCUAUGAAGAUGUCAGCUCUCUGACAUCUGAGAAAUUUCUCCCUGACUGAGAAAUUUCUGAUCACCAUUGGUAAUGGCUCUAGGAACCAAUGACUAUUUACUGUCUAUGCACAAUUUUUUAAACUUAAUUUAAUUGCAUUGUAUUUUAAAAAUGUGAAACCAAGGAAAAUAAAACAAUAAAAUCAAUCAAAAUAAAACCAGAAUAAA